CUCCUAGCCCGCAUCCACGCCGGCCUAUCCUACACGCGCACCCAGCGCUCCCUCAACCAGCCCAUAACCCAAACAACCCGCUUCACCCUGUGCCCGCAAUCCGCCACGCACCUCCCAGCCCUCGCCCUCCUGCGCGCCCACGGCACCCUCAUCUCCAUCUCCCCGACCCGCGAAUGCUACGAACUAGGCAUCCCGCGCCCGGACUGGGUGCAAGAAGGCGCCAUAACCGGUGUUCAUGAUGCGCAGUGGUGGAUGGGGAAGAGCAGGGCGGAGAUCAAGGCGGGGCCGUGGGCGGAUGAGGCGGAUGUCAGGGUGGCG